UCGGCGAGUUUUUCCGAGCGCUUCAGUAGGGAGGUUGCUGACACCAGGCUUUAUAACACCACAGCGUGUUAUGCGGUGGUCAUCGCAGAGGAGUGUAGCUUCGUUUUAGAGUCAUAUCAACAUGUUAAAGAGCUCGAGCAGGAAAAGCGUGCUCUCCGCGGCAGGAGCGGCCGUCACCUGCCUGGCGCUGCUCGUGCUACUCGCUCAGCAGCGCAGGAGCGCGCACGGUGACGCGCACGGUGACGCGGAGGUGGGGAUGCGCUCCCUGCAGAGCGUGGCCGACUUGGAGGUGGAUGGAGGCGCGCAGAGCGACCAAGCAGCGCAGGACGGAGGAAAGAAGGGAUUUUCCGCCUAUUUUUCCAAACUGACGCGGAGCAGGAGAGAGGCGGAGAAACCCACCGCGGCGCUCGCGGGCGCUCCGUCCAGCGCGCCCGCUGAAGAGCUGCGCCCUGACGACCUCUUCAUCGCCGUGAAGACCACCAAGAAGUUCCACCAGCCCCGGCUUGAUCUGCUUCUGGAAACCUGGAUUUCAAGAAACGUGCAACAGACAUACAUCUUCACAGAUGGCGAGGAUGAGGAGCUGAAGAAGAAAAUGGGAAACCAUGUCAUCAACACCAACUGCUCUUCUGCUCACAGUCGCCAGGCUCUGUCCUGCAAGAUGGCCGUGGAAUACGACAAGUUUAUCGAAUCAGGAAAAAAGUGGUUCUGCCAUGUGGAUGAUGACAACUAUGUGAACGUCAAGACGCUCGUCAUGCUGCUGUCUCAAUAUCCUCACACUCAGGACUUGUACAUUGGAAAACCCAGCCUGGACAGGCCCAUUGAGGCUACAGAGAGACUCGGUGACAACAAAAUGCGACCCGUUAAUUUCUGGUUUGCCACUGGAGGAGCUGGUUUCUGCGUCAGCCGUGGUCUGGCUCUGAAAAUGAGCCCUUGGGCAAGUGGUGGCCAUUUCAUGAACACGGCAGAGAAGAUCCGUCUCCCUGACGACUGCACCAUCGGCUACAUCAUCGAGUCAGUUCUGGGGGUUCCACUGACGCGCAGCAACCUGUUCCACUCACAUCUGGAGAACCUGCAACAGGUGUCCCGAUCGGAAGUACACAAACAGAUUACACUUAGUUAUGGUAUGUUUGAGAACAAGAGGAAUAUCAUCAAUAUGAAAGGAGUUUUCCCAGUUGAGGAGGACCCAUCCAGGUUUAAGUCUGUGCACUGUCUGCUCUAUCCGGAUACUCCGUGGUGUCCUCUUCAGGUUACCUAUUAAGGCAACCAACUCCUCUCUUGUAUCCUCGUCCUGACUGUGCCUCAGUAUCUGAAAGGCACUAGGGACCAGUGUGGUAUUGGCCCAUGGGGCUGCUUUGUUUGACAUUGCAGUGCAACGCGGCCUCUCGUGUUUUUUUUUUGUUUUUUUUAAACUGGGCUGCUGUGCGGCCUGCCUUUGGACACUUCCUUCCUGCCUGGUGCGUGAGCUUCCUGUCUGUGUACCAAGCAGUGGGGCCCAUCAGGAAAAAAGGCUUUCAGCACCAAGCUUCACAGGCAAUCAGCUGUGCUUACGUCCUUCAUAUUGCUUGUAUCCAUUGCAAUUCUCAUAGAAUGUGUUUUUUAUAAUAUGUCUAUGCCUUUCUUUCUGCCAGCUUUACAUGCUUAGUACAUAUAAACUCUUUUUUGUUCCAAAUGCAAUUCAGGAUUUUUACUUCAGGUCUGAGGUGACAAGCCUGAAAGAGAGAUUUAUUUAUAUACGAGUGCUUUAUUAAGUUGUAAAGGACUCCGGACGACAUAAUUAGAUGAAGGGUAAAUCCGUUGUUCGUUUCAUUUUCAGUUUCAGUGUUAUACUAUUGUUAUUACCUUUGUAUAAAAUGAUGAGCUGAUAAUUUAUUAUAUAAUUUGUGCUGGCAAAAGGCAAUUUCCAUAUGUGCCAUCAGAUUGUUUGCAUCUGUGGUACAUUAGGAUGAAGCACUUUUCUCCCCUACUGUUCUGAAAAUGAUUGUGAUGACGGGCCUCAAAGCUGUGCGAUGUAAAAUAAGCCCCUGUUGACCUUAAAACUGAUCAUAUUUCUAAUUCCACUUCUUGCAUCCAAACAAUCUUGGCAUACAUUUUUAUGAGAAUUUGAUAUAUCUCGAUUUGGUAGCUACACUCUUGAGAUAUAUAUCAUGGAACGUUGCACAGCUUGGUUGAAUGAACUGCUCAUUGCUCUUGUAAAGUGCUUCUUGCAAAUGUUUCAUCGUGAGUAGACUGGAUCUGCCAGCAUGACCUUGGCCAAUAUUUUUUUAUGCGCACGUGAGUCAAAAUCACUUGCCAAAAUCUACAGCGCGUUUGAGAAUUACACGUACCUGAUCUCCCCAAUUGGCCUGCUCUACAUUCCUCUACAUUUGACUUGUGUGUCAUUUAGUGGUCUCUACUUUUGAAAUCAUAUAUCAGUCAUGUUAAAACUUUACAUGAGCAAUGGCAGUGUGCCCUAUACAGAGGCUUUCUCUGUUUUUUUUUUUUCCAAUGACCCACAUUGGGUAGACUGUAUCUUAUUUUAAAGCAGUAUUUAUUUACUGUGCCAUGUUAAAAUAAUUGUAAAUAGUCGUUUAGAUGGUAUUAUGCUUUCACCUGUGGAUCAGACAUGGUUCUGAUGACUGCUUAUUUUUUUUUUUUUCGUAUUGCUUAGAAUUGUGCUAAUGGCUGUAAUUUAUCCUCCAGUAUCUGGAUUCUCCAAUUGUACAAAUGCCUUUCUCUCAGGGAUUAACAUCCUGAUGGAGUUACUGUGGUACUCCACUGUGGUAACUGUGCAUUAGCUUUUGAAUAAAACGGUAUACCCGCUGAAAAACUGUA